CUGUGCAAGUUUUUUAAUGAAUUAAUAUCAAAACAAACCGCUUCUUCAACAGGUAUUAAAGUGUUCUUCUAUACUACUUAAUUAAAUCAGUAUUGGGCCAUUCACAAAGGAUGUCCGAGUCGAGGGGGGAGGGGGGUUUGGAAAAUCAGGACAAACUCGGACAUAGGGGGGGAGGGGGGUGUUUUAGCAAUCCGGAUGUCCGAAAUUUAAAAAAAAUUCAAAAACAAAUUUCUUUUUCCCUCUAUUUUGAGCAGUCCUUCCCAUUGUGAAAUUGGCAUUUUGACUAUGCGGUUAACACUAGAUUUUGUUUUAAUUAGUAAUUUAUAUGUUUUUGUGUUCACAUUUACAGUUAUAAAAAGUUCUAAAAGUAAAAAAAGUUUUUCACUCUUGAUAUAUACAAGGUUGUGUGAGUUUUUGCGAGGCAUGGCGGAUGUCCGGGGGGGGGUGUCACUAAUUCGGACAAUCUCGGACAAGGGGGGGAGGGGGGGGGGUCUGAAAAUCCAUCAUUUGGCCGGACAUCCUUUGUCAAUGGCCCCUAUAGUGUUUCCAUCUUUUACAGUGUUUUGGUGCAUGCUGAGAUGGACGCUCGUCUUCUCUUUGUUUCUAUACUGUAUACAAUUCUCAUGACUUAAAUUGUUAUGCAUGUGUUUUGCAUAGUCCGUUAUAUCUCAAAUGAAGAACGUCUACUGCAUAUUUAUGCGGAUCCAGCCGAGAUAGAAAUAGACCAAAAUUAUUCAGGACCUGAAAUAAUUUUUCCACUGGAGUUGGACAGCGUACUUGAUCUCGUGCGUUACUUUCAGCAGGGAAAG